UCCUAUUACUUGUUCGUAGCAAAACAAUGUUUUUAUUAUAAUCCAGGGCUUCAAUAUUCAAUAAAAAAUGUUAUUUAAGUGUCUGUAUAUUAGAAAAUAAUUAUAAAUUUAACUGUGAUUAAAGUUAUAUAAUGUUUACAAUGUGAAUUGUACCAAAUAUUUAAAGUAAGCUCAAUUCUAACCUUUACUCUUAUAAUUUAAUUAUUUUUGCAAUGAAAAGUCAUCUUAAAUGCUCUAUUCAUAUCGUAGAACUAUUUGUUUAGCUCUAUACUUUUCAACUUUUUACUUAGAAGCAAUAAGUAUUUACGAAACUGAUUCGUUCGUUUAUCACCACAAGGAAAGCCCUCCAUCCUGUGGUUAUGACAAAACAAAAGAUAUAAAACCAAAAACAAAUUGUUGGAAAUCAUCUUCCUUAGAGGAUUGUAUUCAGACUGGAAAUUUGGCUAAUAUGGCUGGAACAAAUGGAUUUUACCGACCAAGAAGUGCUCUUGCCCGCGCUUUCUAUGAAAAACAACGGAAUGACAGACAUUUACAAGAAUUGGACCAAAAUGAGUGGUAUCGAGUAGACUCCAGCCGCCUGAGUCCGGAACUGCGCCAGAAGUUCGUACAGCUGCAUUCCGAUGAGGAGACCAAGGAGUUCCUAUCAUCCUCCAUCGACAAGUCGUCGUGGGUAUGGACGCAGAUCUGGUACUUGCUGGCGAAGGCUGUGCUGAAGCAUUUUUGGUCCAUCACCGAUAUUAAUGGGUGGCUCGGGCGUGGCUCAAUGUUCGUGCUGUCAGAAGCCCAGGCACGGUUGUUACUGCGGUCCGCAAAGAUAUCGGGCAACGCAGCGGAGACUGUAGUUGACGUUGGUGCUGGCGAUGGCGAAGUUAGCCGCCGUUUCGCAAAUCUCUACUCGGUCAAGUACGCCACUGAAAUAUCUGCGAGCAUGCGAAAAGCUUUAAACAAUAAAGGAUAUACGUUAUUGGACACAGAGGAUUGGUGGCGUGGACAGAAGUUCGACUGCGUAUGCAUGCUGAACCUCCUAGACCGGUGCAGUAAGCCGAAGACGAUGCUGAAGCAAGCGCGUGCUGCCCUCGCACCUGGUGGUGUUUUAAUGCUCGCGCUCGUGCUACCGUACAAACCUUACGUAGAAGUUACUCCAGACCACAAACCAGAAGAACGUCUUCCGAUCCAAGGCGCGAACUUCGAAGAGCAACUCAGUUCAUUCGUCGAGUUUAUGGGGGAGAGUGGCUUUGAGCUUUCUUCCUGGAGCCGCGCCCCUUACCUCUGCGAAGGUGAUUUCGCGCAGGCCUACUACUGGCUCGACGACUCUGUUUACGUGUUCACACCUAAAAGUAUUGAAUCGGACACAUGAAACAGCUUAUUUUAAUACAUUCCCUGCCUAGUGCAAUUAACAAUUUUGUGUACAGUUCAUCAACAAAAUUAAUUUUAUUCAAAAUUUAAAAAUAAAUUUCAAAUGAAUAAUCAUGCUAGAAGCCAGCUAGACGGGGUGAAUGCAGCCACGAAUUUGUGACAGUGCCCUCAGAAUAGAUAGAGAAUGAAACGCGGAAAUGUUUUCCGUGAAAUGUUCCAUAAUAUCAGAGUUAAGUUAAUAAAAUAAAAAGUAGUUAUUAUGUAGUUAGAUAAUUAUGUUCUAUUGACGUUACCUAUUGUGUCAUAAAAAUAUGCACACUGUUGAAAAAUAACCUGUAAUAUAAAUAAUAGGAAGCAAUAAGAAGAUCCAUGGUCGCAAAUUAAGUUUUAUAUACAGAUACUUCCCUUCAUAAGAUAAGAGGAAUUCCGAACAUUUUAUUGAUCUAUAAAAUACAUCACGAUGAACUAGAUUUAUAUUUGUCCAAGUAAACGCAUAUCGCUGGUAUUUUAGCAUUUAUGCGCGGAACAGCAUUAGAGUGCAGUAUAAUAAUGCAUACC